GUGUGCCCGCCGCCUGCCUGCCCACCGCCGAUUGGAUGAAUUGCCUCUUAAUCCCGCCUCCGCCAGGAGGGUUUGGUUGAGCGGCUGUUUGUGCGCUCGGGGGCCGCGACGGGAGGGCCGGGCCGGGCCUGAGGACAGCGGAGCCGAGGCCAGCACCCUGCAUCCAGCCCCUGCCCGCGCGGCCGCCUCGGUGCCUUCCCGGCUCUCCGGUUCGCAGGGCGCGCGGCGCCAGCAGCACCCAGGCCAUGACCAGCCGAGGAGCCGCCAGGCCGAACGGGCAGUCCCAAGCCAGUAAAAUCUGUCAGUUCAAGCUGGUGCUGCUGGGCGAGUCGGCGGUGGGGAAAUCCAGCCUGGUGCUGCGCUUCGUCAAGGGCCAGUUCCACGAGUACCAGGAGAGCACCAUUGGCGCGGCGUUCCUUACACAAUCCGUCUGCCUGGACGACACAACGGUAAAGUUUGAGAUCUGGGAUACGGCCGGCCAGGAGAGAUACCACAGUCUGGCCCCCAUGUACUACCGGGGGGCACAAGCUGCCAUCGUGGUCUAUGAUAUCACCAACCAGGAAACGUUUGCGCGGGCGAAGACAUGGGUGAAGGAGCUGCAGAGACAAGCCAGCCCCAGCAUCGUCAUCGCCCUGGCCGGCAACAAGGCUGACCUGGCCAGCAAACGCAUGGUGGAAUAUGAAGAGGCUCAAGCCUACGCAGAUGACAACAGCCUGUUGUUCAUGGAGACGUCGGCCAAGACAGCGAUGAAUGUGAACGACCUCUUCUUGGCCAUCGCCAAGAAGCUGCCAAAGAGCGAGCCCCAGAGCACAAGCGGCGCGGCCGGCAGGAGCAGAGGGGUGGACCUGCACGAGCAGAGCCAGCAGAACAAGAGCCAGUGUUGUAGCAACUAAAAAGGCGGCCUCCGCCGGCGCCAGAGGAAGAGCUAAGAUAUAACCUCCAUCCCCGUCCGCACCUCACCUCCGUAACGGCACACCGAGCCCCCGUCUGAACCCGACCCCCUCCCGAGAGCUCCCUCUAACUGCACUUUUUAAUGCUUCGAAACCACCACCAGACACCCGUGACCACCAUCCCGACGGCAGUGGAACGAGAGCAGCCGGGGACUUAACUUCCGAAAAAGAGAGAGAGAGAGAGAGAGAAAAAAAAAAAAAGGAAAAAAAAAAAAGAAAGAAAACCAACAAAAACCAACAAACUCUUCUUCACUUUGUAUUAUAGGUGCAAACAGCGACCUAAUAUUCUGAUUUUUCUCCCUCCAUUUUCCUCCCUCUCCCUCCUCCCCCUCUGCUUUGGCAAACCCCGGGUCCCGUUAACGUCUUUCCUCGCGGGGAGAGACUGGCAGCGGCGGCAUCGGCCUCGUGGCUCCACGUUGGGGACGAACCAGCUGGAACCAGAGACCUCCAGAAACGCGGGAUUUUUCCGAGGGGUCUGUCAUGGAUUUCUUUUUCGUUUUGAUUUUGGUUUUCUCCCCCCGCCUCCCUCUUUCUUCUGUUCGGCUGCCGGGGAGGGUGGGGGGGGGGCAGGAA